ACCUACCUACCUACUACAUCAUGAUCUACUGUCUGCAAACACAAACUCUCUAUGUCCUCUCUGCUCAAUCAUUGUAAGGGACUGAGUUGACUUGUGAACCAGUGGUCUUGUGUUCGCGGCCCAUCAGUCAGUGUAGUUCAGUGUGUAAGUGAUGAUCAGGUGUGUUAGCGCCUAGCCGCUAACGGCCACAGUGUGACGGACUCUCACCCGCCACAGCCACCAAACUCUGAAUGUUUCUUAGGUCUGUGUAAACCAAACAAGCACGGAGUGUGGGUUUCAUUUGGAAAAUCAGCUUUUCAAGUCCUGGAGUUUGCCACAGGGGGUCAGCAGAGUGUGGGGUAUGAGUCAUGACGUCUGUGGUGCUUGUAGACAGUGGAGGAGCGGUGGUGGAGUAUGUCACAGCAGUGGACGACCAUUUAAUGGAGGAGGGUGUGUAUGAGGUUGAGGGCGAGAUAGAGGGAGAGGUGGAGUACCCUGCGGUGAUCGUGGAGCCGGUGCCCAGUGCGCGGUUGGAGCAGGGCUUCGCUGCUCAGGUGCUGGUGUACGAUGAUGAGACCUACCUGAUGCAGGGAGUUGCUGAGGAGCAGGAGGUGGAGACUGAAGUGCUGGAGACAGGAAGUACAUACCUGUGGGAGUUCCUGUUGGACCUGCUGCAGGAUAAGAACACCUGUCCCAGAUACAUUAAGUGGACACAGAGGGAGAAGGGCAUCUUCAAACUGGUGGACUCCAAAGCUGUGUCAAAGCUCUGGGGCAAACACAAGAACAAACCAGACAUGAACUAUGAAACCAUGGGCAGAGCUCUCAGGUAUUACUAUCAGAGAGGCAUCUUGGCUAAAGUAGAGGGUCAGAGGUUGGUGUACCAGUUUAAGGAAAUGCCUAAAGACAUUGUUGUCAUCGAUGACGAUAAGUGCGACCCUGGUGAUGACGUAAUCGGAGAGAAGACCUACGAGCGCGUUCCUCCCUCAUCUGACACUCUAUUGGCAACUGACCUCUACAAAACCCCUGCUAUCUUGAGAGGGAGCGGUAGGACUGUGGUCCAUCCGGGUUCCCCAAAAGCUAAAGCUGCGCUCACUGCAACUUCUGUUCAGCGCAUUGUAACGGUCUCUGCGUCAACUGAUCCAUCACAGCCAUCCCAUGCCACCAUUAUCCCCAAUGCACCCAGGACUGUGCGGGUUGCUAUGCAAGUGCCGGUCGUAAUGACAAACUCCUUGGGACAGAAGAUCUCCACUGUGACCGUGCAGUCAGCGAACUCUUCACUCUUCACUACAGCGCCCACCAACACCGGCUCAGCAACCGGUGCAAACGCACCCAAAGUCCUAAUCCAGACCAUGCCAACAAUGGUUCCCGCCACAGCCGAGAACGGUGACAAGAUCACGGUCCAGCUCGCCAAGAUCAUCACCAUCCCAGCAGCCCAGCUCACACAGUGCCAGCUACAGGCCAAACCGGGCAUCAAUCUGAUGGGUGCCUCCCUCGCUGUCCGAGCCCUUGCGCCCAUGUCUGGGGCGCAGGUGGUCAGAUUGGCAGUUCCAGCUCAGGGGAAGACGCAGGUCCCCGUUUCAAUCCAGACGCAAACUCGAUUCCCAAUCUCCGUUCAGAUGGCAUCUACUCCGGCAUCAGUUCCAGUUCAGAUCCAGAUUCAACAGAGCCAGCUUUCUCCAAAAGCAAUAAGCGCAGAGUCGAAACCCGACAGCACUUCGGCAGAACAGCCUGAGCAGGACAAUCCCACACAGGAAGCAGGAGCAGUGGUGAUAGAGGAAGGUUCAAAUCCACAGACUGAAGCAGAGAGCUGAAGAGUGAUGCCUUUUGUCAGUCAUGAACAAUAAUAAAUGAACUUAUAUUCCCCAGAUACCAUUCAAUCACAUUCUGGGAGUACAAACUGGAUAUUUGUUGACUUGUACAGUUUUGGAGUUCAAUUGUGGUUUCAUUUUAUAUGUAAAAAAAAAAUCAGGCAAAGACCACAAUUCUCACAUCAUGUGGAUUAAAUCUGGAUGUCCAUCAUUUCAAUUAUGAGUUAUUAAAGGGACCAAUGUAAAGGACACUACAUUUCUCUUUUU